AUGCAGGCAUCAAUCAAUUUUGAAGAAGUCGCCAUUAAGACUCUCUCAGAGCAUGGAAUCAUUGGCUCAGAUGUCCCAAGUAUCAUCAAUUCAUUCAAGCCAGCGGGGAACCUGCUUGUAAAAUACGGCGAUGAAGAAACCGUUGUAAGUAUGGGUAAUAAGUUGGAGCCAGCCCAGACUGCUGAAUUGCCAAGUUUCAUGCUAACGGUUUCUUCAGCCGGCGAUGAGAUUGUGAAGGACGGUGACUUAGUCACGCUUAUUUUGACAGAUCCCGACGCACCAUCUAGAACAGAUCACAAGUGGUCCGAAUUUUUACACUAUAUGGAGAUCAAUAUGGUGUUGCAUACUGAUGACGAAGUAAGCUUUGUUCCAUUGGAGGGUGAAACAAUUGCUCGCUAUGUGGGUCCUGGCCCCCCUGCGGGCACUGGACCUCAUCGUUACAUUUGGCUGCUUUACAAGCAACCUAACGGUCGCAUUGUUGAGGAAAAUGCAGAUCAGUUGAGAUUGCGUAAAAAUUGGGGUUACAAGGAUGUGAAGCCACCUGUCGGAGUCGAGAAAUGGGCCUCUGAAAAAGGGCUCCAAUUGAUUGGAGCAAACUUCUUCUAUGCUGAGAACAAAUGA